UCCCUGGGUACAUCUGUGGGUUGAGAAAGUGCAGCUGAUAUAUGUCAAUUGACUGAAGUAAUGGAUAAUUGAUUUUUCAAAAGAGCAAAUUGAAUUUUUUAAACGGUUUUUUCAAGUUUAUGGGAUUGACUUGAGACUGCUGAGGUUAUAGUGAAGUUCAGGGGGUGAUUUUCGUUGAGGAUGAGCUCUGGGAAGUGGCAGUGAUGCGGCUGAAGGGGAAAAAUAACACAAAAUCCUUCCAGAGUGUCUACAAAGUGCUGUCACGUAUAUGUCGAGCUGUCGACAAAGGGCAAUUAGAUGGUUUCAUGGCUGAUGGUGGGACCCAGCCACUGAAAAGUGGCCACAACUCCCAAGCAAUGGGUUUCGCCUCUCAACCAGUUCGCCAGAGCACAGAAGUCACCAGUACAGUUUACGCUGUUGGUCAAUACGCCCCCAAAGUCCUGAGGAAUUUAAAUGCCCAGAGAUUGAAGAAUCAGUUCAGCGAUGUUGGCCUCAUGGCUGGGGACAAGAUAAUCAGGGCACACAGGUCUGUCCUGGCAGCUGGGAGUGCCUACUUCAACGCAAUGUUCACUGGGGGACUGGUGGAGGAGCAGCAGGAGCUCGUGGAAAUUCACUCGAUCUCUCCAAGUAUUCUAUCGAUUCUCGUGGAUUUUAUCUACACGGGGAACGUCGAUAUUACUCAGGACAAUGUGCAGGAGCUUUUUGCUGCUGCUGACAUGCUGGAACUCGAUGAGGUUGUUGCUGGGUGCAUUGAGUAUCUCAGGCAGCAGCUGCAUUAUUCAAAUGCUUUGGGAAUUUAUAGAUUCGCUGAAGCUCAUAAUCGUUUGGAGUUGAUGGAGACUGCCCUACGUUUCAUUGAAGUCAAUUUUCCUCAAGUAUCGCAGGAGGAAGAAUUCCUUGAUCUGCCAAAGGAAUAUCUUAUUCAUUUUCUCAGGAGUGAAUAUAUACACAUCGACACUGAAUUUCAGGUCUUCCAAGCAGCCUACAACUGGAUAACCCACGACGUUCCCACUCGUCGCUGCUACGUAUUCGAAAUUCUCAGUCACAUAAGGCUCCGAUUGUGUUCACUGAGUCGUUUAGAGUCCAUCAUUCUCGAUUGCAAGGACGCCAGUCUCAUCGUAGCCCUCAGAUCAAUUCAGAAGGAUUUAAUAUCGAACAAGGGAUGCUUGGUGCCCCUCAGGGCACAGCCACGAAUCUGUGCCAAGAAAAAUAUUCUCGUCAUCGGUGGAUCCAAGAGGGAACACACUGCUGACAGCUGGGCACGAGAUGCUGAGUCUACUUAUGAAACUAUUGAAAAAUAUGAUACUUUUACUGGACAAUGGAGUGAAGUGGCGCCAAUAACAAUCGGCCGAAUCCUCCCAGGUGUUGCCCUGCUCGACGGAAAGGUGUACGUCGUGGGUGGUGAACUAGAAUCAUGUAUAAUAGCCAAUGGCGAGUGUUAUGACCCCAGGGACAACGUUUGGACAUCGAUUGCCUGCAUGGUGGAGCCCAGAUGUGAAUUCGGCCUGUGUGCCCUGGACAAUCGCCUGUAUGCAUUCGGUGGAUGGGUAGGAGAGGACAUUGGAGGCUCCAUUGAAACGUACGAUCCAAUAAAUAAUAGUUGGACGCUGCAUGGGGAACUCCCCGAGCCUAGAUUCAGCAUGGGAGUCGUUGCUUAUGAAGGAUUGAUUUACGUCGUUGGAGGAUGCACCCACGACAGUAGGCACAGACAAGACGUCAUGAGCUACAAUCCAGUGACUGGAGAGUGGAACCACCUUGCGUCGAUGUUGACCCCACGUUCACAGAUGGGGAUUACUAUUUUAGAUGGUUAUAUUUACGUUGUUGGAGGGAUGAAUAAGAAUCAAGAGGUUCUGACGUCCGUCGAACGAUAUUCCUUCGAAAAGAAUAAAUGGACAGCAGUCGCUCCAAUGAACAUGGGACGCUCCUAUCCUGCAGUGGCAGCUGCUGAUGGCCGUCUGUACGUAAUCGGUGGUGAUCAAUCACGUGAAAUUAAUUUCUAUCGUACACAAAUCACAAUAUCAACUGUCGAGUGUUACGAUCCAAGUACAAACACGUGGAGUGAGUGUGCAUCAUUACCAACGAGUCGUGGUGAGGCUGCUGCUAUAAUAGCACCAUUCUGAUCUUUCAGAUCAAUAUUUUUAUCAUUUUUUGGUAAUUUGAAUCCAAAAUAUGGUUAAGAUUUAAUCAAAAAAUGACGAAAAUCGAUGGAAUUUAUUGAGUGUGUAGAUUAACUAAACACUUUACGAUAAAUUGUGAUACUCGAACAUAUUAUUUUCUUCUUUUUUUAAAAUGAAUUUAAUGUCUUGUUGUAUUUAUUAUAUUCUAUUCGAUGCUUGAAGUAGUGUUUAAUGAGUUUAAUCAGUUAUUGAGUGGUGAAAGACAGGAGAUUAUUUGUAAAUAUUUAGGGAAGUGGUGGAUGUGCAGAAAUAUCUCAGAAUACUUCUUUUGCGGAGCAGAAAAUUUCCAACAUAGAAUGUUUCUGAUGCUUUCGACGUGUUCAUCCAAUUAUCUGGAUAAUUACUGUAAUUAUCAAAAAAUGUCAGAAAACCUUUUUUGUUGGAAAUUUCACGCUUCACAAAAAAGGAUUAAUGACUUUUUUGGAUUAAUCCACUUGUUUUUGAGACAUCUGCAGGAGAAGAUGAAUAGAACUUUUCAAUUUAUCUCCUGUUAUCAUUUCGCCACUGAAAUAUAAUUAUUUGCCUGCUCCAUGGCCUCUGAAUUUAUAAUUGGGAACUUAUCAGUACGUGAGGCUUUUGUUAUCAGUGACAGUGAAUUUUUAAGACGUAGAAACAAAUUAAAAAAGCGGUUUUAGGAAUUCAAUUUUUCUUCUUGGGGAAAAAAAAUCUUGAAUUUUGUUGUUUGCGAGAAUUUAAUCUUAAACUUUGAUUUUAUCAAGACUUCUUGAAAGGAUCGUUGCAAUAACAUUGACAAAACCGUAAUUUCCGGGGGGAGAGGAAUUUUUUAAUUGCAUUCACCGAUGACAUCAACUGAUUAUCGAUUUUCUUUGAUUACAAUCGUCUCCACGAUAAUUUCAAGAAAAUAAAAAUUGCGAGUGUCACAAUGAAAUGCAGAAAAUGGACUCUAAAACUUGAAAGACCACGAAAUAAAAAUUUUUAUAUCUCUCUUUGCGAUAAUCUUCUUUUCCUGGUUUCUGUGACUCAUGGGGAAUGACUCAUCAAUUGUCAAUACUCGACUGCAAUUUCAUUCGUGAUUUGUGCAAAUGGAUAAACCGGUAGAUUUCAGUUAUUCUGAAAGUGAUUUUCAAUGUUUCAUCAUUCGAUGUUAUUCCCUGUGCCAUCACCUCUGAGUAAUCAAAUGAGGAAUAAAUUGAUGGCUGUGUCUAGGAUAUAAUGCUUAAUCGCUUCUAAUGAUUGUCUUUGGCAUGAUAUUGCCAUGAGACUGUGGAGUUAGUUCUUUGGACCAAAAAUCUUUGAAUUACAAAUUGACUCAUUCUCUUCAAUUUAUAAAUCCAUCAAUUUAUUUUUGAACGAGAAAAAUUAUGGGUUUCAGUUUAUAAUCGCGACCUUUAAUUAAUUAAUUUGAGAAUUGUGGCUGGGGGACGGCUCAUGAAUUUAAAGCUCGUUCAUUCAGCUCAUAUACAUUAAGGUGUUUCGUGUGAAAAGUCAAAAUAAUGAAAACAAAUUAGAAAAUUCAUAGGAGAAA